UCAAAUUGUGUCAAAAUCAAAACUAAAAAGUUCUGAAAUUUGAUACUUUUCUUUCAUUGUUUAUUUAUUAUUUUAGAUUUUAAUCCAAUAAUUAAAAUGGAAUCAAACCUCACAAGUUUGUGGGUAAACUUUUUCACAGCUGCAGGAAUUCCGUCCGAUGUAGGCGCAACCUACGCUCUGACAUUCACAGAAAAUCGCAUACAAAAUGACAUGUUGCUCGAUUUGAACAAGGAAUAUCUUCGAGAUAUGGGCAUCACUCGGAUGGGAGAUGUUAUUGCAAUUCUGCGGCAUGCUAAGCAAGUGCAUGAAAGUACAGCUAGAGAUAGAGUGCUCAGCACUACCGCUGCUUCAACCAAGGUGCCUGUGGCAGCUGUCACUGGCCGUUCAACUGUCACACAACCAUCAUCACCUGCUAGCCGUAUACUAGAACACUACACACGCAACCCACAAGUGCAGGAAACUUCUCCUGUAAAUACUUCAUUACCAAAAAGGAAAUCUAAUGAAAUUAGUGAUGAUAAUGAAGUGGAGAUGAAGAAGGCGCGUCUCAUUCGAUUCGCCCCACUGGCUCCACAAACAACUGCUGUCAAAGAUACUGGUGCAAUUAGCAAACAGACUGUAUUCGCACGGUUGGGAAAUUCUGAACCUGUCAAAACUGUCGCAUUAAAACCGGUUUCUAAACAGAUUUACUCCAGACUGGGCUCGAAGUCUGAACAGAAGGAUGACAAACAAGUUAUUCCGAUUCAAAAGGAUGCUCUUAAGUAUGAAGGCAUAUUGAAGGGAAACCCGUUGGUGAAAAAAGUUUUUACUGUUACUGCAACUAAGAAUAAUGUGAGGAAAAUUGCAGUCGGGACAAUGCGCGCCGACGAAACCCCAGUCAGUGUCAAAGAGAAACUAGCUUUAUCUAAACCAAAAUCGGUUAAAUUUUCCAGUCAUGUAGAAUAUAAAGAAAUUGAAGCAACUAAAAAGGCUAACAAUUUGAAUAAUCAAGUUUUGGCGCCAACGAAACCACCUGUCAAUGUCAUUAAGAAAGUUGUCGCGACAAAACAGACGCAAGUGUUCAACAAACCAGAGAGACGAUUGUCUAUGCCAGAGGGUGUCGGUGUUAAGUCUAGGUUAGGUAAUAAGAAUCCUAAAGAUCUGACUAUCACUAGAAAUGUAUUUAAUCGACUAGGCGUUUGAUAGGUCGUGACUUAUUUUUUAAGAAAUUUGAAGAAAGUAAUGAUUUACUUUAUGUUGUCCACUGUGGUGCUUGUCUGUUAAGAAGCUUCGGUUUCUUGGAGUAUUUUUUUCUAAUAAAAUCCUAAUGAGUUUAUCCUAGACACUAAUCUGAAUAAAAACUAUUUUCCCGCCAUCAUACUUAGGAUAGGUGGUUGUAAAUAAAUUUGUUCCUCAAUAAUUCCUCAUAUUUCUUUCGAAUCUACAACAUACAGUGCAACAAACUUAUGUGGUCCGGUGUACAACACAUUACAACAGUACAUUUAAAGAAUUUUAUUGUAAGUACGACAGCAUAUAUUUGGACCGAAUAAAUAAGCUAUAGCAGCACCAGUACUAUCAGUGGGCCAGUUAAGUUGGUAGCACUAUAAUGAAACUUUUAGUGGUUGAUCAUGAUUUUUGUAUUUAAAUUACUAAAAAUACAUCGAGAUGUAUAUUAUCUAUGACAUUUUGCUACUUGCAGACGUAUUGUUACAAGUAUAUAAUUUUUUUUGUGUUGUUUUCUAAUAAAAAAAAAUGUUUUAUGUGUGAAUAGGCGUGCGGAAUCUUAAACAAUUUUUAUCAAUGGCGGCAUAAUUAUUUAAAAACUCAGAUCACAUUCUUUUUUUUUCUCCGUAAUUAUCUUAAGGUAGACGUACAUUUUGUUUUUUUUUACAGUAAGUUAACAUCUUUGACACCCAAUUACUUAGUAACUUCUACUCUAUUCCAGAAGUUGUCUAUGGUACAAUUAUUGAUUACUUCAUCUGCCGAUUUAUUUGAAUCUUUGUGAUAGAUUGUAAUUUAGUAUUUAUAAGAAACAUUUGACAUCAAAUAGAUUAAGUUUUGU